GAUUAUGAAGCAGUUGCUGUGGGGAGAGACCGUUAUGGGCGUCGACGAGGGUGACGGGUGGCUGAAGGUCGGCGACGACGCGUACCUCCCGUUCUCCGCGCAGGGCUGCCCUGUGCUCGUGCCCGCCGGCCAGGAGGCGGCGCCCGAGGCCCCCGAGGGCGGGGCGGGGCCGGCCGAGCAGCAGCCGGCCGCGGCGGCGGAGGAGCUGGAGAACGACGAGGAGGUGGCCCGCGCGAUGCAGAUGUCUCUGGAGGGGUCCGCCCACGAGGGCCAGCUGGACCAGGACGCGGCGCUGGCCACCGCGAUGCAGCAGUCCUUCGAGGAGGAGGACGCCGCGUACCAGCGUCCCGGCCUGGAGCUCUCGCCGUCGCUGCUGGCGGAGUUGGGGGCAACUUUCGAGCCGCAGCCGGACGGCUCUGACACGUGUGCCAUCCACAGCCUGAACAACAUCGUGCAGAGUCCGCGGCCCCCGGCGGAGCCCGGCGGCGCCGGGGCGCUAAUUGCCGAGCGGCCUGGCGAGAGGCGGCGCGGCUCGCGCGCGUCCUCUGCCAGCCCGCCGCCCGCGGAGGAGGGGCCGUUCGGGCUCAAGGACCGACCUCCAGCGCGCGGAGGCGGAGGCGGAGAGGGAGGCGCUGGCCGAGGGCUUCCUGCCCCGGCAGCUGGGCACCCCGUCGUCGCGGAACCUGCAGCGGGCGGCGAG